GGGUGAGGGCGCCCUGAGGGGACCCGCUCCGGCCCUCGCACCCGGGCGGUUCAUGGCGGUGGCGGCUUUUUCCGCACCCACGUAACGAGUAUUUCAUGAGUUUGCCGUUUAAUUGCAGCGUCCUCAAGCCGAACAGCAGGUGUGUCAGCGCUCCAGGCCCACUCAGGAGCAGGAGGAGCUCGGGGUCGUUUUGGGCGCCGUCCUGACCCCGCGGUGGCUCCGGGCUCCUCUCGCAGGGCCCCGCUCCUCACAGCGCGAACCACGCGCUGGGUUUUCCCGCCUGAGCGGCCUCUGGGCUCCUGUUCGGGUUCCCCGGCUCUGGUUCGGUCGGCGCGGGGCAAAUACACCAGAAAACGGCGCAUUUUGGGGGAAAACUGUUCCCUGGCUGCUGCUCGUUCCACCCGCAGCACGGGCUGGACUCCCGCCCUUGCGCGCAGAGCACGAUGUUCCUGGUCGGGCUCUCGGGCGGAAUCGCGUCGGGGAAGAGCACGGUGGUGGACGUGCUGCGGGAACUGGGCUGCGCCGUGAUCGAUGCCGAUGCGAUUGCCAGAGAGGUGGUGCGGCCCCACUGCAAGGCCUACGGGCGGAUCGUGCGUUGCUUUGGCACCGAGAUCCUCUCAGCGAACGGAGAGAUAAACCGCGAGGCUCUAGGAAACAUCAUCUUCUCCCAGCCGGAGAAACGGCAGCUGCUUAACUCCAUCACCCACCCAGAGAUCCUGAAGGAGAUGCUGAAGCAGAUCUUGAAGUAUUUUGUGCGAGGCUACCGCUACGUGAUCCUCGACAUCCCUCUGCUCUUCGAGACCAAGACAUUGACCAAGUUUAUGAAAUACACGGUCUUGGUUUAUUGCGACCCGCCGACGCAGCUCUCCCGGCUGAUGCGGAGGAACGGGCUGUCCCGGGCACAGGCAGAAGCUCGUGUGGCCGCCCAGCUGCCGCUGGACCAAAAGCUCAAGCUGGCGAGUCACGUCAUCGACAACUCGGGGGACCGCGAGAGCACCCGGCAGCAGGUCCUGCGGCUGCACGCCCGCCUCGAGGGCUCGUGGCACUUCCUCUGGGCACGGCUGGCACUGGGCACGGCGGUGGCCGGGCUGGCCGGGCUGUCGUACCUCCUCCUCCAGCGUCUCAUCUCUUAAUUCACCUCUUCUUUUUGUCGCGGAAGAUGCCUGAAUUCCCAGGUUUGAAAAGGGCACCGAAAGGCCACGUCUCUUAAUGAGCUUUGCCGGCUGAAUGCAGACGCUGGGAUGAGGCGUCUCCUUGCAGACUUCCCAAGGUGAACGGAGGGUGUUAGUUUUCUUUUCCGGCACCAUCUCCUUCCUUCCUGCUCAGGUUCUUACCCACCAGCUGUGCCUGUGGCCUGGGACCAUCACCUCACGUGGCUGCGGCCCCUGGACGAGGCCCCGUUAGGACUGACUUAACCUGUCUUAAGCCUUACUUUAUUGAAUGGUUAUGCCUGUACAAUUGAGAGGCUUGUGCAAGCAUGACAGGGCAGGGCUCUUGCGUGAGUUGCUUUGCUGCUUCUUACAGAGCUUGCUUAGAAACUGCUAAUACAGAACUCGCUUAAAAACUGCUAAUACAGAACUCGCUUAAAAACUGCUAAUACAGAACUCGCUUGCAUAACUCCAUUUGCCGUAGCCUUAGGCCUCAAGGUGCAAACUCUCACCUUGAUAUGUCCCAUUUUUUACUUAUUUAAGCAAAGGAGGGUCCCAGAGCCACUUCGAGCCAGGGAAGGGAGCUGGGACUGGCAGCAGAAGCUGCACCCCCAGAAAUGAGAAAAGGAAAGAUGCAUCUAGAGAUGAAAACCAGCAGAAUGUGGGAACUCACUGAGGUUUUGGCUCUUGCCAAGGACUUUUUCAGCUUCCCAGCUGCAGGUGCAAAUAGCAGCUGGGAGAACAGACAGGACAGCAUCUGAUUGAUGUCCAGGCUGGUCAAUGAGAGACAAGCGCCCGCAGAGAUAAUAUUAGAAUUGGCCCAAAUUGGUGCGCGGGGGGCGGGAAACUUGGAUUUUCAGGGUAUAGUUGCCCAGGGGUUUGUUUGUUCGGAGUCCCUCUCCGGAGGCACCGGCCGCUGCACCUUUCCGAUAAAUUAUUUAAGAGGAACCUCUGGAAUUUGUGCCCAAGACUGUGCUUUGGGAAACCUGGAGCGAAGAAGCUUCUUUAACUCCUCAUCACCUGCUGCUGGUCCACACGGUGGGACUCCGGUGAAUUUGGGCCCCCCGUUUCACCUGGGGGAGGUGUCCUCACCCCGUUUGUGCCGUCACCGCUCGUGCGUCGCCCCCGGUUUGGAUCUCAGGGUCUGACGCCACCCGGGACCCGCCUCACCCGACCUCAUUUGCUGCUGUUUGAGUUUCCUCGGGCGGUUUCCCGGGGGGAAGCGGGUGCCGGCGCUUCCCCUCCGCUUUAAUAAACCACUAAUUGUAGCAGC